AUGUUGUCAUUCAACCGCGAGGGCGUUCCUCAGCAGCAGAGCUACGGCUAUCCAGGUCAACCAGUAUACCCCCAGCUUCCCAACCCUCCCAACUCGGCUGGUUGGAACGCUGGUCAGCCGUCGCACGAUCCCUUCCUCUCUCACCCGGUCCCGACCAACCCUUACGGCCAACUCGGCACGCCUCUGCCCAGCGCUGGUCUUGUCCCGGGCCAGCCUGGUGUACCUCCUGCCCAGGCUCCAUUUGGUGCUGGCGUGCCCACCGCUGCUGCUCCCCAGGGUGCCUGGGCCGCGCGCGCCGGCGCGACAGGCUACAACCAGUACCCGACGUACACGAACACAGGCAGCACGCAGCUGCAGCCCCAGCAGCUCGAGAGCGUCACCAGGGACGAGGACCCAGUGUAUGGCCCUCUUGGUCGUGCGCGUGGAAAGAUUGAGCGCGGUAUCGUUGGCGACAAUGAGAUCUCGCCCGACCUCGCCGAUUUGUUUGCGCCAUCCGCCGAGCCACCAUAUGUCGCCCCGCCAACCCAGAGCGCCGCGUUCCGUGCCGCUCGUAUCACUCGCACGACGCCGCUUCCGGAUGCUCUGCACCAGGAGCUGAACUACAAGCACUUGACCGCGCGGAUGGGCCUGUUUGAGGAGAUUGAGCGCGCAUGGUUUACCGUCGACAACAAGCUCUUCCUUUGGGACUACACCGACGGACGUGACUUUAGCCGCUACGACCAGCAGGCCGACACGAUCCAGAGCGUUGGUCUGGUUCGCGCGCGCAAGGACGUGUUUGUGGAUGACAUUUCGCACCUGCUCGUCAUCUGCACGGCGUCCAAGGCGACCCUGCUGGGGCUGAGCCGUUCAGCCAAGGGCGAGUUGUCGCUGUACGCUACCAACUUGAGCGUCGACACGCCCACCAGCAUGCUUGAAAUCAAGGGCACCGACUCGGGCCGUGUCUUCCUCCUUGGCGCCAACAAGGACCUCUACGAGCUCGAGUACAGCACUGGCUCGGGAUGGCUCGGUGGCGGAUCCAAGGUGUGGAUCUCGAACCGCAGCAGCGGAUACCUCAGCACAUGGGUCCCCAGCGUGUUCACCGGCAACACGCGCGAAGGUAUCGAGUCGUUUGUUGUUGACCCCAUCCAAGGCCGCUUGUUUGCCCUUCACACGCGCGGCGAGCUGGAGUGGUUUGAUGUCUCUGGCACCAAGUUUGAGCUCCGCGUUCGCUACACCUCCCUCCGCAGUGACUUUGUCCGCCACAACUAUGGCGGCCAAGCGCCAUCGCAUCCCGGCGCACGGGUUGUGUCGAUUGCCAUCGUCAGUGGCCAGGAGAGCAAGAAGACGUAUGUCGUUGCCAUUUCCGCUUCUGGUGCCCGCCUCUACCUCGGUGCCGCUGGUUUUUUCGGCCACUUGUCCAGCUUGGGCAUUGUUGGACAUCGCCCACCACCGCCCGAGACGACUGGUGCCGAUGCUCAGAGCUUCUACUCGUCUGGCACGCUCAUCAACGUCCACCACGAAAGCACCGCUACCCCGACUUCGCGCCUUACGUUUGUCGUCCCCGCCGUGGGCCGCCAGGCUGCCCUUCGCGAGAACCACGAAAACUUCUCAAACCCCAUCCUGCAGGAGUGGGCCGUCACCGAGACGAUCCCCAGCCAAGUCUGGACUAUCGCCGAGGUGACCGCUACCGACCCUGCUCGUUCCGCACCGGCACUGCGUCGCGACGACGGUAUCGCUCUCUCGGCUCUCCCUCGCCAGGCGACCGUGGGUGCGCGCCAGUUCCUCAUCCUCGCCACCAGCGGCAUCUUCUGGGCUGUCCAGCCCCGUCCCGUCGACAUGCUCGAGGCCGACCUGGACAUUGAGAAGGAGCUCGCUGUCAACGCUGCCCGUCUCGCCUUUGGCCGCGUCCAGCUCAUGUCCAUGGGCAUCCUCAUGGGUACUCGUCCGGACAACAAGCAGGCCGACCUCGCCAACGCGUCCGUUAACAUUCUCCUCACAUCCGAGCCCCCUUCCAUCCGCACCUCGACUACAGGCUCUCGCACCAUCGUCUACUCGCCCCGCCACGACGGCCUUGCGCUCAUCCUUGCUCGCUUCCUCCGCCCCAUCUGGAACCACAAGGUUACUGUCCCUGCCGGUCCCAAGAGGCUUGGCCUCGGCGUCAAGGACAAGACCCUCGUCGAGGUCCAGUCGCGCCUUGCCGAGCUCCGCCGCUACGUUGAGGAGCACCCCUUCCCGCGCCACCAGGCCGAGGGCGACGCCAAGGUCGCAUGGGACCAGGAGGAGCUGUCGCUCCAUGGUCUCCAGGUCCUGCUCAAGCAGGCCAUCGAGGCGAUUUCGUUUGUCCUUCUCCUCAACGACUACAAGCUCCCUGACGUCAUUGCCAAGUGCGAUCUCGCCACCCAGACCACGCUCGCGAGCCUCACGUUCCAGGGUCUCUUGACCAGCCAGGGAGGCCGCGAUGUCGCUCGCAAGCUUGUCACUGCCCUCAUCGAGCUUCAGAUCGGCGCCGAGCUGAGCAUCGACACGCUCUCCACGAUCCUGCAGCAGCGCUGCGGCACCUUUGUGCAGCCGGGCGACGUUGUGCUGUACAAGGCCGAGGAGGCCCUCCGCCGCGCCGAGAGCACCCGUGACAUUGCCGAACGCCAGGAGAGUCUGGCCGAGUCGCUGCGUCUCUUUGAGCGUGCGGCGGCCUCUGCUCCGGCCUCGGUGUUCCCCCGCCUCCAGGACGUGACUGGACGGUACCGUGCCCUCAUCGAUGUGCGCGGCACCAUCGAGCUUCCCCUCCGCGUGGCUACGGAGAUUGACGCCGACGACAAGGCUGGUGACUAUGUCCGUGAUGGUCGCCAGCCCGGUGACCCUCGCAAGGCAUUCCUUGAGCAGCGCCAGGAGUGCUACCAGCUCGUGGUUGAGGCUCUUGCGUCGUACGAUGACCAGCUCAACAAAGUCCUCGCCGCCAACAAGCCUACUGUCGACGCCAUCCGCGUCCGCGACGAGGCGUACGCCCUCGCCAUCGCGUCCGACGACGAGCUGUUCCACUUCUACCUCUACGACUGGACUGUCGCUCUCGGCCGCCCCGACCAGCUCCUCGAGUUUGACACCCCCUUCAUUGAGCGCUACCUCCAGCUUACCUCGUCCAAUGUUCCCGAGCGCCGCGACUUGCUGUGGAAGUACUACUCGAGGCGAGAGGAAUACCUCCAGGCUGCCAAGGCCCUCGCCGACCUGGCCACUCGUCUCGGUGACAUGGGCUUGAAUGAGCGCGUCUACUACCUCGCCCAGGCUGUGACCAACGCCAAGUCGGCCGCAUCGCUUGGUUCUGAGGAUGUCGAGUUUACCACCGGUCUCCAAGAGCGCAUCGACGUUGCGCAGGUCCAACUCGAGGUGGUCCGCGCCGUCGAGAGUCACACCGACAUGUCGCCCGCCGAGAAGAUUGCCCCGCUCGACGCCCUCAACGCCGAGCUCCUGGGCCUCGACGACUUGUACCAAAACUACGCGCGUCCCCUCCGUCUCUACGAGCCCAUCCUGCUCAUCCUCAAGACGGCCGACACGCGCGUCGAGGAUGUCUGUGUUGCUGUGUGGCAGCAGCUCAUCCGCGCCCGCGCCCAGGAGGUGCCCAUUGACGCCGCUGUCGGCGAGCUCGUCACCGACCUCUGCCAAAAGUUCUACCCGUCCGAGGGUGCCCCCGCCGACCUCAUUCUGCCGCUCGUCUACAACGAGGCCGCGCCUCUCCGCGACGAGACCGCCGCUGGCUGGGCGACCCGCGCUCUCCUCGCCGGCGGUGUCGGCCUGCGGGACCUCUGGGACGUCGUCGUUGCCCUCCAUGACGAGGCGGCCGACGCCCGCGAGUACUACGCCGAGGAGGCCGCGGCUGUCCUCGCUCAGUGGCUCAAGACGCGCGACGGUCUCCCCCCUGCGGAUGUUGAGCAGUUUGCGUCUGCGUACGUCCUGCGCACCAACGGCGCGACGCUCGACGCCCGUCGUGGCGAGACGCGCAAGACGAUGCAGGAGGCCAAGGCUGUCGCUGGGCGGUUCUGA